UCAGCAUGAAGUUCAUCCCCUUCGUUACCUUGGACCGCAGCAAAAACCGUAAACGCCACUUCAGUGCGCCCUCCGUGCGCAGGAAGAUCAUGUCUUCCCCCUCCAAGGAGCUGAGGCAGAAGUACAACGUUCGCUCCAUGCCCAUCCGCAAGGACGACGACGUCCAGGUCAUUCGAGGACACUACAAAGGUCAGCAAAUUGGCAAGGUAGUCCAGGUGUACAGAAAGAAGUAUGUCAUCUACAUCGAGCAGGUGCAGCGUGAGAAAGCUAAUGGUACAACUGUCCAUGUGGGCAUUCACCCGAGCAAGGUGGUUAUCACCAGGCUAAAGCUGGACAAAGAUUGGAAAAAAAUUCUUGAACGCAAAGCCAAAUCUCGACAGGUUGGAAAAGAGAAAGGCAAAUAUGAGGAAGAACUUACUGAGAAAAUGCAGGAGUGAACAUAACCUGUUGUGCAAGCAUGGUUUACCUGUAGACCUUUAGCCUGGCGUGUGUUCCUUUGAAACUUUUCAAGAUGUCUGCCAAACGUUUCCUCUUCAUGUUUUGCUGUUGAUAAUGUAGCUUUGUAAAUCCGCUUUUCCUGUUUUGAUUAAUAAUUUUUAUGAAUAACAGUUGAAAAGGUUUCCUAAUUCCAAGGGGAAUUUGCAUUGUUUUAUAGAUAAAAUUCAUCUUACUAUAAA